AGCAGCGGUACCUGUUUCGGAUUUGCAGGGGAUGCGCCAAACUCGGUGUUUGUCAAACAGAUUGAUGAGGAAGGCGGGAUGCAUUAUGCAUUAUGCAGCUUGGUGGAGCAAAUGGCGACGACCAUUCCUAGACUCGCUGAGGAGUCAGACUGUCAGAGUAGGUAAGAUUACUCAGAGGCAAGCUGAAAUUUGGGGAAGCAUGUACCGCAUGUUUGCCAGGGCCAGCUGGCCGCUAAGACUACCUAGCUUAGUAGCUGGUGGUAGUACCUAAGGCUUUGAAGGCUGUAAUCUGCUGACAAGUCUGCAUUCAAGACACACACACCUCUCUGCAGCAAUUUCUUAUUUCUGGAACAUCUAGGCGAAGUCAGCUGCUUCUCUUGCAGGGCCCAAUGGUUUUAUUGGAUGCAGUGAUGGGUGGUCCCGUCCUGCUAAGACGAGCCUUUCUUUUUGUUACUUGUUGUCUCCUUCUCAAAGGAGUUCCAUCACAAGGACUGUCAACCCAAGAGGCCCUGGGCAUAGGGAGCCCCCAGUUGGCCAGCGAACAUGGUCUUCGGGACGACAGGCCCCGGCUGAAGAAAGGCGAGACGUUCCCUAUUGUGAUCAACACGUGGCCAUUCACGGAUGCCACGCAACGCGCCUGGGAGGUUGUCAAGGACGGCCGUAAAGCUCUGGAUGCGGUGGUGCAGGGGGUGACGGUGUGCGAGGAGGAGCAAUGUGACGGGUCAGUUGGCUAUGGGGGCAGCCCGGAUGAGAACGGCGAAACCACGUUGGACGCUCUUGUGAUCGACGGUUCCACAAUGAACGUGGGAGCAGUGGGGAGUUUGAGGCGGGUGAAGGGUGCGGCGCAAGUGGCACGACUGGUGUUGGAGCAUACGAAGCACAGCAUGCUAGUGGGAGAGCAGGCGACCGAGUUUGCGAGGUCCAUGGGUUUCCCAAUAGAGGACCUGAGCACCCCCGAGAGCCGUGCCAUGUGGGACUCGUGGAAACAGCGCUCGUGCCAGCCCAACUUCUGGGCCAACGUGCAGCCCCCCUCCUCCGAAACGUGUGGCCCUUACCGACCCGAGGAGGGUGCGACUUCUUCAGAUGCAGCGGCCUCCAGUGGGGGGGGAGAGAGGGAGUUCUUGCGAGCCACGGUUGAAGCCAGCGUGGCAACGGAGAAGGGUUUACAAAAGGGGGGGCGCCCACAGGGGGAAAAGUGUGGGAAGGAAGACUCGGUAGCGGAGCCGGCGGGGAGGAAGAUGAAGCUGCCGGAGGCGGGGCGGAGCAGGAUUGGCUGGGGCAAGGGGGUGGAGAAGUGGGAUGUCGAUGACAGGCCCCGGGGCGAGGUGCGGAGCCACGACACGAUAGCGAUGGUCGCUAUCGACCAUUAUGGGAAUGUUGCGGCUGCGACGUCGACAAAUGGCGCCACCAACAAGAUUCCUGGCAGGGUGGGAGAUGGCCCAAUCGCCGGAGCGUCAGCCUAUGCCGACAGCGACAUCGGUGGUUGUGGGGCCACAGGGGAUGGUGACGUCAUGAUGCGGUUCCUUCCCUGCUAUCAAGUGGUGGAGAGCAUGCGGCGUGGAAUGAACCCAAAGGACGCGGUCGAGGACGCCAUCUCGCGAAUUCGGCGCUUCUACCCCACCUUCCUGGGCGCGCUCGUGGCGGUCAACCUGAACGGAGAGCACGCCGCAGCCACUAACGGAUGGUCCUUUGAGUACGCUGUCCGAACGCCCGGGACGGACGAGGUCGAGGUCUACAAAGUGGAGCCGUCCAAAACGGCCACGCAAGCCAAGAUCGACAUGGUGUAAAAACCGUCGCUCCUCCUCCGAACGCACUAUCAAGCGCCUAUAUAUAUUUUGCUUCUUUUGGACGUGUUCCAAGAGGUUCCUUCCAACGUGCUUCGGCUACUGAAUUAUAAGAUGAGGCGCUAAGAUGCCCCCGGUAGAGGUGUCCCCCUUGUUGGAGUGGCAGCGCACACUCGGCAAGGAGAGAAGCCAGGCUAUGACAGUCAGUCUGAGGGGGCCCUGUUGCUUUGUGUCACGAUCGCAGCUCUUCCGGAACGCAAUCGUUGUAGUUUACACUUGCUUUGGCACUUGAGGUCGCAAGGACCCCACUGUGCUAAGCGUAACUUGUGAUCGAGUAAUUUUAGUAGGUAUUCAGAAUGCUCAAUGAAAGCUGAUUGUUAUCUCGAAAAUCAGCCGGCGUCAGAUGGUCACUGUAGGAAUGUUGCUAAGAGUAGUGUAGAAUGCUCGAUAGUCGAGUCAGUAAGAAAUGUCAUAGCGGCAACCAAACGUUCGCCCAGCCUGCAGAGACGAAUCUAUAUGCACUUCACUAAACUGCGGCAGGUCAACAUUCUCAACUUGUACCCACGUGAUGAUAUACGAUGUGCUAUAAAGAGCCG